AAGACUGAGGCUGGAUUUUAAAACUGAGCGGUGAAGUGGUUUUCGUCAGUUACCUGGCUCGUGGCCUCAAUCCAGCUACAUCCAGCAGAGAUUUGAGAAGAUACCUUGAGUCCUGUGGCAGAAGAAAGACCCUUCAAGAAUGCCAGUCAGGAAGAAAGAUACUGACCAUGCUUUAUCAUUACUAGAAGAAUACUGCAAAAAAUUAAGAAAACCGGAAGAGCAAUUGUUGAAAAAUGCUGUUAAAAAGGUGAUGAAUAUCUUUAACAGCAGCUUAUUCCAGGCUUUGUUAGAUAUUCAAGAAUUUUAUGAGGUGACAUUACUAAAUUCUCAAAAAAGUUGCCAGCAGAAAAUAGAAGAAGCCAAUCGAGUUGUGCAGAAAUGGGAAAAGACAUCGAUUCUUUCUCCGUGCCAUGAUAGCCUUCAAAAAUCUGCAGAGUUUGCAGGUUGCAGUGGACUGAAGGAAAAGGUUUCCUGUAUUGAGAAAAAUAAAGAAAAUCAGUGUUUUGAGAUUGAAACUGAUGAGAAGACAAGUCAAAACCAAGGCAAAUGCCCAGCCCAGAAUUGUUCAGUGGACGCCCCUGCGUGGAUGCCUGUCCAUCACUGUUCUAAGUAUCGAUAUCAAGAUGAGGAUGCUCCACAUGAUCAUUCCUUACCUCGGCUGACUCAUGAAGUGAGAGGUCCAGAACUUGUGCAUGUAUCUGAAAAGAACCUGUCUCAAAUAGAAAAUGUCCACGGAUACGUCUUACAGUCUCACAUUUCUCCUCUUAAGGCCAGCCCUGCUCCUAUAAUUGUCAACACAGAUACUUUGGACACGAUUCCUUAUGUCAAUGGGACUGAAAUUGAAUAUGAAUUUGAAGAAAUUACAUUGGAAAGGGGGAAUUCUGGCCUGGGGUUCAGUAUUGCUGGGGGGACAGAUAAUCCCCACAUUGGAGAUGAUCCUGGCAUAUUUAUUACGAAGAUUAUACCAGGAGGUGCUGCAGCAGAGGAUGGCAGACUCAGGACCUUUGAACAGCUUGAUUUCCACAACGGUCUCCAAAAUGGGUCUUCUUCUACGCACGUAGAGCCGAACAAUAGACCCGGCUUCUUUGAGGGCUUCCACUGCUUUACUGUGGGAAACCUCCGACACAUCGACCUCAUUCACCCUCAUUCCCAACACAGCACUGCAACCCGUCAGCCUUCAGUGACUCUCCAAAGGGCCAUCUCUCUGGAAGGGGAGCCCCGCAAAGUGGUCCUGCACAAAGGCUCCACUGGCCUGGGCUUCAACAUUGUGGGUGGAGAAGACGGAGAAGGUAUUUUUGUGUCCUUCAUUCUAGCUGGUGGACCAGCAGACCUGAGUGGGGAGCUCCAGAGAGGAGACCAGAUCCUAUCGGUGAAUGGCAUUGACCUCCGUGGAGCAUCUCAUGAACAGGCAGCUGCUGCAUUAAAGGGGGCUGGACAGACAGUGACCAUUAUAGCACAAUAUCAACCUGAAGAUUACGCUCGAUUUGAGGCCAAAAUCCAUGACCUGCGAGAGCAGAUGAUGAACCACAGCAUGAGUUCCGGGUCCGGGUCCCUACGAACCAAUCAGAAACGUUCCCUCUAUGUCAGAGCCAUGUUUGACUAUGACAAAAGCAAGGACAGUGGGCUUCCAAGUCAAGGACUUAGCUUUAAAUAUGGAGAUAUUCUCCACGUUAUCAAUGCCUCUGAUGAUGAGUGGUGGCAAGCCAGGAGAGUCACACUGGAGGGGGACAGCGAGGAGAUGGGCGUCAUCCCCAGCAAGCGGAGGGUGGAAAGAAAGGAACGUGCCCGAUUGAAGACAGUAAAGUUUAAUGCAAAACCUGGAGUGAUUGAUUCAAAAGGGUCAUUCAAUGACAAGCGUAAAAAGAGCUUCAUCUUUUCACGAAAAUUCCCAUUCUACAAGAACAAGGAGCAGAGUGAGCAGGAAACCAGUGAUCCUGAACAACAUGUUUCUUCUAAUGCCAGCGAUAGCGAAAGUAGCUGCCGGGGGCAAGAAGACCUCAUUCUUUCCUACGAGCCUGUCACAAGGCAGGAAAUAAACUAUACCCGGCCAGUGAUUAUCCUGGGACCCAUGAAGGAUCGAAUCAAUGAUGAUUUGAUAUCUGAAUUUCCUGAUAAAUUUGGCUCGUGUGUGCCUCAUACUACAAGGCCAAAGCGUGACUAUGAAGUGGAUGGCAGAGACUAUCACUUUGUCAUUUCCAGAGAACAAAUGGAGAAAGAUAUUCAAGAGCACAAAUUUAUAGAAGCCGGCCAGUACAAUGACAACUUAUAUGGAACCAGUGUGCAGUCUGUGAGAUUUGUAGCAGAAAGGGGCAAACACUGUAUACUUGAUGUAUCAGGAAAUGCUAUCAAGCGGUUACAAGUUGCCCAGCUCUAUCCCAUUGCCAUCUUCAUAAAACCCAAGUCUCUGGAACCUCUGAUGGAGAUGAAUAAGCGUCUAACAGAGGAACAAGCCAAGAAAACUUAUGAUAGAGCAAUUAAGCUAGAGCAAGAAUUUGGAGAAUAUUUUACAGCUAUUGUCCAAGGAGACACCUUAGAAGAUAUAUAUAACCAAUGCAAGCUUGUUAUUGAAGAGCAAUCUGGGCCUUUCAUCUGGAUUCCCUCAAAGGAAAAGUUAUAAUUUAGCUACCGCACCUCUGACAACGACAGACGAGCGUUUAGAAGAACAAAAUAUAUAUAAUAUACUACUUGGAGGCUUUUAUGUUUUUGUUGCAUUUAUGUUUUUGCAGUCAAUGUGAAUUCCUAUGAAUGUACAACACAAACUGUGUGAAGCCAUGAAGGAAACGGAGGGGCCACAGGGUGGGACAGAAAAGACAUUGCAGUAUGCAGGAAGGCUACGAUUUGCUGAAAGUUCCAGGUGUAGGGAUGAACCUCAGAUGGGCUUUCUGCCUAAGACAUGGGCAACCUCCUCACCCCAGCAGAUGUCCAGAGCUGAUUUAGCUGCUGAGCUCUCUGUGUUUUUUGCUUUAAAGAAAAGUUGCCAGCACUCGAACCUCACCAACCUUCCCAUUACCCACAUCUAUAAUUGGUACACUUUGAAUUUUAUAACUAUGCACAUCCUUUGAUUUCUUAACAAGCAAAGCAAACAAAGAAGGAAAAAAAAGGAGUCCUUUUGGAGACGACAUACUGUCAGGAAGGAUAUUUGUGUAGUUGCAUUGACUGGCAUCUGCAAAACAAGCAUUUCAUAAAAUUCUCAAGUGUAUGGAGGUUAACCUUACUGAGAGGAGGGAAUUCUGCCUGGGGUUAGCUUUAUGAUUGUUGAUUGUCUAUUUUGCCAUUUAUAAACUGAAUGAAGGCACUAAAGAUGAGAAUAAUUUAUACAAUAAAAAUAUAUUAAAUGUAUAGAAAUGAAUUUCUAUAGGUUAAAAAAGUUUUGUGAAAUAUUUUGUAAAGAAUAAUUAAUUGAAAGACAAUGUGUGCACUAUCAGCAGAGGAUCAAAUUCAAGAACUGAAAAAGUUGCACUCUCCUUUUGUUGCCAAUGAUCCAUUAGCAGCAUCUAAGUUCCUUCCAAGUCUGACAAAGGCUUCUCCCUCACUUACCUCCCAUGAUCUCCCUUGCGUACUAGCAACACACUCUUAGAGAGCACGUCCCUUAAUGAGUUGCCCUCAUGGAUAUUUUUGGAAGACAUUUGGUUAAUGCAGUUUUAAACUGAUGGCUCUUUAGACACAAAUUCUUGCAAAUGACCUAAAGGAAAUUUUGUUUUUUUCUCUAAUUAACCUUGCCCUACCGUGCAAACAGUUUGAUACCUUUGUUCCUAGUAAUUUGCAUACAAUUCUUAAAGGAUCAUUUAGUAUUCUGGCCAGCUAUGAGUAAGUAGAAUCAUUCUGUUUUUGUUCCACAGAGUAGAGAAUUUUGUAAUAGCCAGAGUUGGUACUAGAGUCAUGGGAGAUCUGUCCCAAGAUGUACUAUAUCUUUGAGGAAGAGAGAGAGAAAAGUAUCUAGUUGGGGGUGAGGGGUGCAGACUUCUUGUUUCAGUCUAUAGAGCAAAAACCAUAAAGAAAGACAAUUUAGGACUUUGAGCUUGACCAAUGGAAUUGCCUUCCUCAAGGCUGCACCUGGACCAAGUUUAUUUUUUAACAAUUAUAAAGGUGAUUCAAAAAAGAAACCUCCCAACGCCUAUAAACUGAAAUAGAAGAGUUAGUUUCCCACUUUAGAGCUGAUAGUGACAUCAGCAUUGGUUUUGCCCAUGAUGUUAAAGAGAGACUUUUCAGUGAUAUUAAUAACCACUCAAUUCUGGGUUUUAUGAUGCCCAGAUUAAGCCCCAUCGCCUUAUUUCUGGGGUACACCAAGACCUGGCAGGGAUUCUGCCACACUGUGCAGCAAACCAGCAUGUAGGCUGGAGUAAGA